AUGUCUCACCCCCUCUCUAUCCUCUCAGCAGCGGAGACCAACUUGGCCCGUGAUGUGGUCAAGGCCGCACACCCGAAUGUUGUCAUCGACUUCCGAGAGAUCUUCCUAGAGGAACCACCAAAAGCGCUACUCUUGGAGUUCCUGGCAGUCGAACAUGCUGGUCGACUCAGCCCAACGACCCCGAGGCCUCCACGUCUCGCUUUAUGUCAGUAUGAUGUGAUUGGGUCAGACCGCAUCCCUCAGUUUCACGAAUCAGUGGUCGAUGUCGUCUCGCAGUCGCGCGUCAAGCACACGGUGGUGGGGAAGCAGCAUCAUGCCAGUUUGACACUUAACGAGUUCGAUGUUCUUGUUGAGCAGUGCAUGAAGUCUCCCUUGUUCCAGGAGGCCCUCUCAGAUUUCACCUUGCCCGAAGGCUUCGAGGUCGUGAUCGAGCCGUGGCCCUAUGGUGGAUUGGAUCAUACAGAUGAAAACCGCCGCUACUUCCAGGCCCUAUGCUUUGCCCAAGACAAGCGAACUGGAAACGAGGACUCCAAUUUCUACUCGUUCCCUUUGCCUGUUAUACCGGUGAUGGACGCUUUGACGCAACAGAUUAUCCGCGUUGAUCGACCUGCCACCGGUGGAAAAGGGGAGGGGCUUCUCGAGCAAACUUUCCAGCAGGACAUCAUUGGCCACUGCAAGCCUUCGGAAUAUGUUCCAGAGCUGAUGCCCGACGGUACCCGCAAGGAUCUUAAGCCCCUCAAUGUUGUUCAGCCCGAGGGUCCCUCUUUCCGGGUUACAAACGAAUCUCUCGUUGAAUGGCAGAAGUGGCGGUUCCGUGUCGCUUUCAAUCCUCGAGAGGGAGCGACCAUUCACGAUGUGUCUUAUGACGGUCGCAGUGUGAUGCACCGACUGGCAGUAAGCGAAAUGACGGUACCCUACGCCGAUCCCCGACCCCCCUUCCAUCGGAAGCAGGCCUUUGACUUUGGCGAUGGAGGUGGUGGUAACAUGGCAAAUAACCUAUCCCUCGGUUGCGACUGUCUUGGAGUUAUUAAAUACUUUGAUGCUAUCAUCACCCAACCAGAUGGUACUGCGCAGACCCUCCCCAACGCGAUCUGUCUUCACGAACAGGAUAAUGGAAUCGGCUGGAAGCACUCCAACUGGCGCACUGGGCGGGCAGUUGUCACCAGGCAUCGGGAGUUAGUUAUCCAGUUCAUCAUCACACUGGCCAACUAUGAAUACAUUUUUGCCUAUAAGUUCGAUCAGUCUGCAGGUAUCACUGUCGAGGCCCGCGCCACAGGUAUUUUGAACGUGGUCAAUAUCGAUGCUGGCAAGGUCAGUGACUACGGCAAUGUGGUCAGUGGGGGCGUUCUCGCCCAGAAUCACCAGCACAUCUUCAAUGUGCGAAUUGAUCCAGCAGUUGAUGGCACAAACAACUCAGUAAUCGUCGAGGAAUCUCACCCCGUCCCGAUGAACUCAGUCACUAACCCCAACGGGAAUUUCUACGAAGUCACUAAGCAGACAGUGGAACGUUCUUCUUGGAUAGAUGCUGCUCCUCAGUUCAACCGAACUAUCAAGAUGGUCAACCCCCACAAAACGAAUCCCAUCAGUGGAAACCCUGUGGGCUACAAAUUCAUUCCUCUGGCAACCCAGAUGUUGUUGGCCGACCCAGAAUCAGUGCAGGCACGCCGAGCUCAAUUUGCUCAACACCACGUUUGGGUCACCAAGCAUCGUGACGGAGAGCUCUACGCUGGUGGGCGCUACACAUUGCAGAGCCAGACAGAGAUUGAAGGUGUUGCAGAUGCAGUUCGCCGUGGUGAUUCUGUUGUCGAUACCGAUGUGGUAGUUUGGAACUCCUUUGGCAUUACCCACAAUCCCCGUGUCGAGGACUGGCCAGUGAUGCCCGUGGAGAUUUUCCAACUCAUGAUCCGGCCUGCAGACUUCUUCGUGGCCAAUCCGUCGCUCGAUGUGCCAUCCAACAAGAAUGGAUCGUCUCGCUUAGCAGACGCGGAAUGCUGCCGUAAAUCGCACAUUUAA